AUGAAGGAUGUAAAUAGGACACCCUCAUUUAGUCAGAAGCUAGCUAACGUACAUUUACAGAAGGAAAGGGAUUACAUAAAGCUCUACAAAGGUGGAGAAAAAGGAACCCAUUUAGAUGACCCUCUCAUAUAUAGAGAUACAAACUACCAACUACCCUACGUCCUAAACUACUACCCAGAUGACAUGUUUAUUUUUAAUUUCGAUGGAGUGAUAAAUAUGAAUAAGCAAGAGAAAAUUGUUGUGGCGUUUUUGACUUUUCUUCGUUUAUUUGAGAAGAGGUGUGGGAGAGGAACCUCACAGAAGGGGUGGUACCCCUAUCUGCUGUUUAACGGGAAGACCAUCGAGGGGUUACCCUUGUACGAUUUUGUUCAGUCAAGGAAUUAUCUCUUUAGGGAAGGAGAGUCAAGCAGUAGUGAACCACCCAAGAGUGACGACCCGUUCAUUCUGUUGAAACUCAUCCCAAAAUUCCUUUACUCAAGAUUUCUUUAUUUAUAUAAAUUUUUAAAAACCACAGAAGACUUGGUGAUUGCGAUUAAGUAUGUGUAUGACGAGAUGGAUGGCAUAUGUACCAAGUACAACUAUGACAUUAACGAGAUGGUGCGUAUUUGUCGAGAGAAGAACUUCAUGCAGGCGAAGCUGGAAAAAGUGCGCGAGUGUCUUCACGGGGAGGAGGAGAAGCUCCACCAGGGAAAUAGGAAGCAACCCGUAGGGGUGGAGUCCCCAAACGGAACCCUUCCCCCGUCGCACCCUGCCCAGCAAGCGCAGUUACACAGUGACCAGCAAGCAGAGCUACACACAGACCAGCAAGCGCAGCUACACACUGACCCGCGAGCGCAGCUGCACAUUUACAACCUCGUGAAGGAAUUCACCAGGGGCACCUUUAACCCAUCCGUUAUCACCAAAUAUAAGAAAAUUGAAAAUUUCGAAAAUGUCUUUCCCAGCUUCCACAACGACUUUGCAGAAUUUUACAAAAAAAAAAUGAACCUUAAGUUGUAUGAACGAUAUGGAGUAGAUCCUAAAUGGGUUCGAACCCAAUUUGAAAGAACGAGGAAAUUACUCAAGGAGCAUGAGGAGGAUGCAUAUGUCCACCUGAUGCAGUAUCGUUACCCUUGUGAAGCAUUGAGUGAACAGGAGAGGAAGAACCACAGGACGUUUAAUACAUGUGCAGUCGAUUUGAUUAAUCACAACAUAAACGUUUUUAAAAAACCCAUCUAUGUCGUUUCUACCAUGGAGGAUGGUGCUUAUAUUGAAUACACUCUCAAACUGUUUGGCGUAGACAUUGCUAAUAAGGGGGACUCACACCUUCUGCGCAUUUUUGGGAAAGACUACCUACGGAAGGGGGAAGAAUCCCCAAGCGAGGGGGACUCCAACUCGGUAAUCACUAAUUUGAAGAGACUCCUCAAGUCUCCCUAUUUUGCAAAAAGAGAGUCUACCCCCCCUAAGGGAGGACGCCAAGGUGACCUUCAGGAUGAUUAUCUAUACGAUCCAUACAACGUAGACUUGGAAUACCUGAAGCACCAGGAGAAGACGAAAAAAAGAGACUACCACUUCCUUAACCACAGGUACUAUCUCGAUAUGCUGAGGGAGAAGUGUAACAUGAUCAAUUUUGUUAUUGAGAAAUAUCAUCGAGGGGAUGAAAGCAUCCACAUAAUAGACCAGAAAUAUGAAGACCUGAAUGCCAUGUGCAACGAUAGUCGCUUCAGCCACAAGGUUCGACUGUACCUUUGCGAGUGGGGUUAUAACUCCUAUGCAGAUCGACUAAAAGCUGUACAUAACGACCGAGUUAAAUCCUUUUCUCAAUCGUUUAAGCUCCUAUUUUUGUGUUGCACGCUGCAGGACAGCCCGCGCCGCGAGCACACCCACGGCCGGGGACUGCCUACCGACUUCUACACCAAGUUCAUGCUCAAGUACCUCCUCAAAAAGGGGCUCCUCACCCGGACGGAGGCCGAC